AUACGAAGCAUCAAGGCGUACAGCAGUGGUUAAGCAGAGGUAGCUCGGUUAUUUGGCACAAUGUCCGUGCCAGAGUAAUCUUCCACAGCAUACAUAUCCUCGAUACAGCUCGCUAGUGGUUAGCCAACCUGCGGCAAGGCUAUCAUGGCCGCAGUUCUAGCCAAUAGAAAGGGAUAUCAAGACAGUAUAUAGCUUCCGCUGGCUUUGCAACGCUCAGGCCUCCUGGUAUUUCAGAUGGGUAGAAUUGGGCAGAAAAGUAGUGAGCGUUUCUCCCUUCGACGGGUCUGUUAGGAAACGAGCGAACCUGCCGGUUAGGCUUGGCCGCCAUGCCCCGGAUUCUUCUCCCGGCUGGGUGCUGAUGCCAACGCCAUGCCGAGUGCUUACGGUCAUGUGGUAGCCAAGGUGUCGAUUCAUGCGUGUAUGGAAUGUCGUGUUUCUAGUAUUUUGCGGUCGCAGUGCUCAGCCACGUCAAAUCGUUCGCUCCGUUGAUGACCUGGAUCCAUCGUACAUCAGUGCUGACUUUCUUUUGGUUGAUUUUGUGGCGGCUGAAUUCACCGCUCUCAGCCUUCUGAGCGUAGUGGUGGGUGGUGGUAGAUGCCAGCAAUCUCAUCUGCCUCGAGCAUCCUCUAGCAGAAUGCCACCUGGAGUGAUGCGAUUGCCAGCCGGUCUGACUGGAUGUGGUAAGUACGAACAAAUGAUGUUCUUGAUGAACCAGUGAGUGGCCUGUGGGUAACCAGCGUUUACUCG